UUGUAUUUUUAUUUAGAACAGAUUGUCGUUGAAGGUACGACAGUUUUCGCAGACGUGGUUGAAGAGUUCAGCGAUGUGCGCCAUAUAGCGCAACGUUUUGCUGAGUGGUACAUUCGUUUCCCAAAACCUUACGUGCAGGCAUUUGCCGGCCUGUGCUUGCCGAAGCUGCUGCUGCCGUUCGCUGACGCUCGAGACUUAGAGUCGUUCUACUGGUUCGAUACACUGCUGACCUACGCAUAUUGUCCGGAUGACGACCCGCACGAUGCUGAAUUCGAACCGGAGAUUUACAACCUGAUUCCUCUCGUCGUAGAAAAAUUUGUUUGCGUCAGAGUGACAGAACUAAUGCAGAGAGUCUGGGACCCGACGUCUAGCAGCCAAACGCAGCGGCUUGCCAGAUUUCUGCGCAAUUUAGUUUUGGACUAUCCCUGCGUUAAUGUUCAGGGUAAGCCAACUCAGGCGCUUCUCACCGUCUUACAUUCUCGUCUGAAAAGUUCGCUUGAUGAGGAUUUAUUUAUGCCUAUUUAUUCGAAAGAAGCUCUUGAAAAUAGAAAUACCGGGGCUGCCGCGUUUCUGGAUCGCCAGUUUUGGUUUGCUGUGAAAUGCUUAAAGAACGUAUUUUGUUGGCAAGAAAUACUUUCCGCCAAAGCCUUGCAGGAUCUGGCGAUCGACAGCAUCCUGAAUCGUCAUCUCGUUCUCGGCCUUCAGUGCAGCCUCAUUUCCGACGCGAAUAUUUUGCUUAAGGCAAAAUACAUUUGCAACUUGCUCCCAGCUAGUUGGUUCGAGGGUCUUACCGGCGAAAGCACCAUACCGCAGCUGGAACCAAUGUGCAAAGCUCUUUUGCGAAUUGGUGAUGGACUUAUUGCACAGCCCUCGUUGGAUCGAAAUGAAACGAGGGAAUACGGGAAGGAAGUUUGCAGGUUGUUGACCAGACUUCAUGCGCUUAAGUACGCUCGCUUGUUCGCUUCAGAAAAUAAGCUGAAACAGUGA